CACCCGCAAACGGCUCCUACGGUGAGAAGAAAAAAAAAAAAAGAAAAAGACCUGAACAGUUUCAAACACGUCGGCAUAAAUCUCACAUCCAGAGCUCUCUUUCCUCCUUUCCCUCCUGACGGACUUCAUUACUUUAUUCCUCUGCGCGCCAAUGCCCGAGACCACGCCGAAACGAAGGAUUUUUUUCCCUUGAGCAUGAAAAGGAUUGCCAAAUCAUCCGCAAUCCAACAUCACCGACUGAGCCACCAGCAUGAGCACUGGAUACAUAUGCUCCAGCAGAAGUUGUUGGCUAGAGAACUAACAAAUCUUCGACCACAAAUACAGCCAAGAGGGGAGAGUCAGUUUUAGGUCUCCACGUAAUGGAGCGAGAAUGAACAGAGAGCGGCUUAAAAAAAAGCAUGAACUGGAGGUUUAUUGAGGUCAUCUGCUUCCUGUUUAUAUGGGACCAUAUAACAGUUCAGUCUUCCCGCCAGGACCCAUUGGCAACUGAGCAACAUGUCACCAAGCAAUAUGACUGGCUCAUCUCGGACCGUGGACCUUUCCACCACUCUCGUAGUUAUCUGUCCUUUGUGGAAAGAUUCCGCCAAGGAUUUACGACCAGAUAUAAAAUUUAUAGGGAAUUUGCACGUUGGAAGGUGAGGAACACAGCCAUUGAGAGACGGGACCUGAUCCGGAACCCCGUGCCACUCAUGCCUGAGUUCCAGCGUAGCGUACGCUUGCUGGGCCGCAGACCCACCACUCAGCAGUUCAUCGACACUAUCAUUAAGAAAUAUGGAACCCACAUUCUCAUCUCAGCCACCCUGGGAGGAGAGGAGGCACUGACUAUGUACCUGGCCAAAAACAAGCUGGACAGGAAGUUUGCCAACGCUACUCAAAACGUGGAAGCCCUCCAUCAGCUGGCCUCGUCCUACUUCAUUGACCGCGACGGCACAAUGAGGAAGCUGCACGAGAUCCAGAUCUCCACCAAUGCCAUCAAGGUGACAGAGACACGGACGGGGCCACUGGGAUGCAGUAGCUAUGACAAUCUGGACUCAGUUAGCUCAAUCCUUCUGCAGAGCCCUGAGAGCAAGCUUCAUCUGCAAGGUCUUCAGGUCAUCUUUCCAGAAUACUUGCAGGAGAAAUUUGUCCAGUCAGCUCUGAGCUACAUCAUGUGCAAUGGAGAGGGGGAGUACCUGUGCCGUAACAACCAGUGCAUCUGUCAGUGCGCUGAGGAGUAUCCUCAAUGCAACUGUCCCAUCACCGACAUCCAGAUCAUGGAGAACACUCUGUUGGGGAUGUCUGAGUCCUGGGCGGCCUCUUAUAAAGACUUUGAGAGCUCUGAUGAGUUCAAGUCCUUCCUGAAGAGGCUGCCCUCCACUCACUUCCUACCCAUCAGCAGUGUUCAUCUCCUGUGGGGCAGCGACUGGGACCUGCAGGCCCGCUAUAGGCUCCUUCAGAGCUCCCUUGAGAUACAGCGGCUCAAGAUCCAGCGCACCGCCCGCAAGCUCUUUGGCCUCAGCAUCCGUUGUCACCACAAUCCUAACCACCAGAUGCCUAGGGAGAGGUCUGUGAUGCAGUGGCUCAACAGGGUUCAGUCUUUCCUCUACUGCAAUGAAAAUGGGUUCUGGGGGACCUUCCUGGAGAGCCAAAGGACAUGCGUGUGCCACACAGGUGUCACCCUCUGCCAGCGACCCAUCCCUUGUGUCAUAGGUGGCAACAACAGCUGUGCCAUGUGCAGCCUAGCCAACAUCUCACAAUGUGGCUCCUGCAACAAGGGCUACAAGUUGUACCGUGGUCGCUGUGAGCCCCAGAAUGUGGACUCAGAACGAAGUGAGCAGUUCAUCAGCUUUGAAACUGAUCUGGACUUUCAAGAUUUGGAACUCAAAUACCUGUUACAGAAAAUGGAUUCACGACUGUACAUUCACACCACUUUCAUCAGUAAUGAGAUCCGCCUAGAGACCUUCUUUGACCCACGAUGGCGUAAGCGCAUGUCCCUGACUCUCAAAAGUAACAAAAACCGGAUGGACUACCUCCACAUGAUAAUCGGUCUAUCAAUGAAGAUUUGCCAGAUGCGAAAUAGCAGUAUUGAUCCCAUGUUCUUCGUUUAUGUCAACCCGUUCAGUGGUAGCCACUCAGAAGGCUGGAGCAUGCCCUUUGGUGAACAUGGUUACCCACGCUGGGAAAAAGUACGACUGCAGAACUCCCAGUGCUUCAACUGGACUCUCCUGCUGGGCAACCGGUGGAAGACCUUCUUUGAGACAGUGCACAUCUACCUGCGUAGCCGUGCUAAGAUCCCAACUGGCUUGCGCAAUGACACGGGACAGGGCCCAGUGGAUCUUGCAGACCCUAACAAGCGCCAGAUCUACAUAAAAAUAUCUGAUAUCCAAGUGUUCGGCUACAGCCUGCGCUUUAAUGCCGACCUGCUUCGUAGUGCUGUGCAGCAGGUAAACCAGUCGUACACACAAGGAACUCAGUUCUACUCAUCCUCAUCUGUUAUGCUCCUGUUACUGGACAUUCGGGAUCGGAUUAACCGCCUAGCCCCUCCAUCUGCACCUGGCAAACCCCAGCUGGACCUCUUCUCUUGUAUGCUAAAGCAUAGGCUCAAGCUCAACAACAGUGAGAUGAUUCGAGUAAAUCAUGCCUUGGACAUGUACAGCACAGAGAUACUAAAACAAUCAGAUCACCUGACUGCAAAACUCUGUUGAACAUUGUAACAUUAACAUAAGGACAGCAAACUAAACAGAAACACCCAACAAAUGAACUAUGAGGGGAUAUUAAUCUUAAUUUUGUUUUCUCUUUUUCAUUUUUGGACCUUUUCUGCCUUUUGAUGUAAUAUUAACUUUGUAAGCAUAAUUCUUAAAGAGAAAAAGGAAAAAGGCAGUGAUGAAAAGCAUUUCAGGAAGAUUAAGAAGAUUAAUGGAACCACUAUAAGGACUGUAUCAUAUUUGUCCCAGCAUGUCUGUCAUUCCCUAAAAGAACUUAAAAGAGAGAGAGAGAAAAAAAGAAAUAUUAAAUCUAUGUACUGGUGAAAAAGAGGCCUUGAUUUUACUCCGAGGGAUCAAAGGUUAUAUCUGAAACUGCCAUUCUUUACUGAGAAAAAACAUUUUUAAAGGAAUAAUGACAUAAUACAAGGGCAGACCAGAUAUCCUUUUAUUUCAGCUAAUGUGGAAAAUAACGGGCAGUUUAGUAUUAAAAAUGUUUAUACAUUAUAAGGAUUAAAUAGCCCUAGUGAUUAAGUAGUCAACACAUUACUUAUAGACUCUUUAUUACAUUUCAAACCCACAGCGAAUCGGCAUUGCUCUUUGUGAGUUAUGAGGCACUCUGUCAUUGUUCUGACACAUAAGGCACACAGCAGGGCAGUAAUGGAUAGUCAUGUCAAAUAAAAGCCAGCUGUUUAUAUAUACAUAUAUAUGUGGGUGAAUGUGUGUGUAUGUGUGCGUGUGCGUAUACCUUUUUUUGGCUUGAUGCUUAUUGCUGUUCGUUAAUUGAAUGUGUCAUUUGAGAUUGACUCCAAUCUAAGCUGAAUCUUGCAUUUGGAGCGCUUCUUCCCGUGUUUGAAAUUCAAGCUGUGUUUUUCACAAGGCAGUACCUCCUGGUGCGUGAGUGCAAUAUUGUGGUCUGAAGAUUUAACAAUCAAUGCUAUUUUGUACAGCUUUGCAAAAUGUACAUGUUGUGACUGCUGAUUCGUGGAGCUUUUCAGCACCAAGAGCAAAAUGUAAACAUUCAUCAUUCAGUCACAUUUACGAGACAACUUAAAGCCAUACACUUCCCUGAGGUAGACAUACAGUAAGGCAUAAAUGUCAUCCCCAUUUCACUAAGUACUUACUUCAAAACAUGACAAAAAUGUUCCAUUUGUAUGUUUGUUUUCUCUCUCAGUUAAUUUGAGAUAAGAGCACAGCAAAAAGGCAGAUGACAAAAGAAGGCAUAUUAUGUUGGAUAGCAAUUGUGUUGUAAAGCCAUCAAAUUUAUAUGUUGUGCCGCAGAAAAAAGAAAAAAAAAAGAUUAAGAUAUUGUUAUAUUAAAGCUUAAAAUACAUUUUUGGCAGUGAUUAAUCUGUAAGCUUUUUAUGACCACAUACAUUUUUUUUUCUUUUCAGCUAUUAAAUUUAACCUUGUUUUGCUUGUUGCUGGAAACAUCAACAGAGCUGCAACAUUGUUUAAGACUCUCAAUAUUCAAACUGAAAUAUGAAACACUACCUAUGUAUUGUCAGUCACACUUAUUUGGGUAAUCCAAUGCUAAAACAUUGCUAUUGUUGAUGACUUUAUGUCUACACUUUAUACUUUAUGUAUAAUCCAUUACUUUUCUGUUUGUUAAAGACAGAAUUUAUAUUACAGUUCCUUCAUUCAUGUGUCUUUGCAUGACAUCUGCAACUUCUUCACCCCUUUACAUUUGCUGCUGUGGCACCCAAACUCUGGAAAAAAAAAAUCUUCCCAGUGGAAAAGAUGCCAGAUGAAUUGAAAGCUUUCUAAAAAUCCAUAAUUUUCCUUUUUUCAAUUUUUUUUUGUUUGUUUGUUGGUUUCUUGCUGUGCCUAUAGUUUGGUUGGCUUGAUGGUUUUUAAUUGUGUGUGUGUUUUUUUUUUUUUUUAAAUGUUGUUGCUCUUUUACAUUGUGAUAAGACUAGUCUUGUGGGCAGUGCAGAGGUACAUAAUAUGUUAGGGGAAAACCAUGGUGGGUUGUGACUUAAGUGUGGGAAGAAACUAUGAAACAGCUAACCAGAUUUGAAAUUCCUCACCAAUUCAACAUGUCUUAAACACAAAUAUUUCAGCAAUCAAUUACAGUGGUCCUGGAACGAAACCUUAGGGACGUAGCUUUGUCAGCUGCAGAUUUUACUGCAUCCACAAUCCCAACUUCAACUAGCUGCCUCUAAAUUUGCAUUCUUAUCAUUAUGUGACAGAAUCAUUGCUCAUCUGGCUCUGUGAGACAAUGAUUAGUGCAAGUGUUUUAUUUUACUGUCAUUUUUUUGUGAAGCAAGUUUGAGAGGUGCUCUAUUAAUAACCACAACUUAGUCACUUACGUAUUAAGCAACUACCAAGUCUAAUGAAUCCAUUUGAUUCAGUAGUCUGAAAAAAAAUGUUAUUCAAAGAGAUAUUCAGUGUAUGGGUUAGCACAUACUGUAUGUAGUGGCCAGUUUAAGACAACUAAGGCUCAGCUUGUCAGGCUCAGUUAUGUUGUCAGAUUGAUCUCUUAACUAUUCUUUGCCAGGCGUCUUGCUAAACAUCCAUAAAAAGUGCUUUCAGAGAGUGAGCAGCUACCACUGCAGUACUACAUUGUUUUUAAUGUGCAUAAGAUUGCAGCUCUGCCUUGAGAUAAGAGGCAGCAGCAAGGUGAGAGAGGGCAUCUGGAUAGAUGGAUAGCAGUAAAAUGUAGUGUGUCAUAAACGGUGUAUCUGCUUGAAUGUAGAUGAUAGCUCUGGUGGCAGAGUUGCACCCUGCUGCCGCCCGGUCAAACACCAACUUGGAUGGAGGACGGCGAAAUGGUGCCUGUUCAGGUGUCUCAAAGCGUCAUGGUAUUAUACAAGUUUAUUAGGCUCAGUUAUGAAUUUUGAGCGUAUUAGCAUGCUGGUGUUGAUAUGGUAGCACUUAACACCAAAUAUGUUAGCAUCCAUAGCAUUAUCAUUGUAACAUUUGCAUACUCACAGUAACUUCUAACAGAUUAGUUUAAGCUGAUGUAAAGCUGAUUUUGACAAAAUGAAGCUAAGCCUAAUAAGCCUGAGAUGUCCUAAAAUGGCCACAAUCCUGUAAUCUAUGAGAAAUGCAGUGAAUAGGGGAUUGACACUUUGAGUAUUAACUUGAUUGUUCAGCAUCACCAUUGGACUAUCCAAACGAAUGGCUACCACCUUAUUAUUAUUAUUUGUAUUAUUAUUAUUAUUAUUAUUGUUAUUAUUAAGUGCCUGUUAUCUAUCCCUUUAACAUGUUUAGAACUGGAGAAAAUUUCUACAUGUUACACAGAUGUGUAACACUGAAUUGACUUCAGAAUUUAAGACCAUACAUUUUGAUCAAAUAUACACUUCUCAUCUCCUCUUGAGGACUAAGCCCUCAAGAUGGUUUUGUGCAUGUGGGGAAAUCAACCACCAGACAGAGAUGAAGGAUGACAUGAAGUAAUGGUGGAUAUUUUUUUUUGUCCCCUGUUGUACAAUAUAUAUGUAAAUAUUAACUCUGUUACAGUAACAAUGCUCUGCUACAGUGACAAUAUUAUUAAAAAAAAAUAAUAACAAUAUUGAAAGGGAAUACAAAGACUACUUCAAAAAAAAAGCCCUCCAUUUGAGUACAUUAGCACAAAGUACAGGGCACUCAUGUCUUAUGUAUCUAAUUAGAUUCAUGACAAUUUAUGACUGUUUUUAUAUUGUCAGGACAUACUGUACAUUGCAAUUUAGUUUUGAGCCACUACAACGUCCAUAAAACAAGCACAUAUACUCGUAUGGCAUUAUGCUACCACAGUGUUGCUUACAUGUAUCCAUGGAUAUGUCUAAAGAUUUUUACACCUAAUACCUUGCCUAUGUACUUUUUGCUGUUCUGUUGAGAUCAUUAUAUCAGCUUAUUUCAAAUGAAUGUUUCAUAUAAUAAUCUAUUUCUCAU